CCAAAUCUGGGACUCGCAUUCCCGCCUGACGCUAAUCUCAUGGGGUUCGGCCCAUGGGAUAGUUGAGAAGGCCAUGCCCCACCGAUGGGUAAGGCGGGUCCGGGACCCGUGGUUGGGGUUGGGAGCUGAGGCCAGUCGGACUAUUAUAGGCGUUGCUAAUGGCGACCCUACCUACUGAAAAACCUUAAUCCGUCCUGGAUCGCACAAAUCUGAGCCCUUUUGAUACGGGACUCGCCUGGUUUUAGAUUGGGUUUUUCAACGGGAAUUUUUAGCUUGUUUACUGGUCACCUUGUGAGGGGAGUCGUGAUUUUUCCAUGGGUGAAAAGCCAGCCCGUGGUUGAGCGAGGCAGGCCAGCUAGAAGCCAAUGAUGGAUGGAGUGAAUGAGUGAUCCCGAUUCCGAAGCGAAGCAAGUGAAGCAAGUGAAAGAAGAAGUGAAGGAAGAAGAAGUGCCAGUGAACUCUGAUGAAAGAUUGACGCUCCUCCGAGCGAGGCCUUUCCCACCCAGAGUCCCACCCAGACGUUUAUGGACGUUCGAGAUUGCCAACAAGCCCAGAUUGAAGGCGGAUAAUAGAUCGAUCGCCCCUGGAACGGACGGGCUUGCACGGGAAAAGCGGAGAGCUCACGGUCUGCACAUUCACGGGCGACUGGUUGAUCUUUUCAGAAAGGGACCCGAAAAGGACCCGAAAAGGACCCGAAAAGCCGGCCCGGCCCUUGAGCCUGGAUCGAUCAUGGUGUCCAACAUGGAGAACCUGAACCCGCAAGUCAUGCGCUACUUAGGCAAAGAGAUCCAAUCCCUGCACGCCCACCCGUUGGAGGGCGUGCGCGUCUUGGUCAACGACAAGGACAUCACCUCGAUCGAGGCGCUGGUCGACGGGCCGGCCGAUACGCCGUACGCCGGCGGGCGCUUUCGGGUCCGCCUGGUCUUGGGCAAGGACUUUCCGGCCAGUCCGCCCAAGGGCCUGUUUCUCACCAAAAUAUUCCACCCCAACGUGUCCGCCAAGGGCGAGAUCUGCGUCAACACGCUCAAACGCGACUGGCAAGCCGACCUGGGCCUCAAGCACAUCCUCCUCACCAUCAAAUGCCUCCUCAUCGUGCCCAACGCCGAGUCCGCCCUCAACGAGGAGGCCGGCAAGUUGCUGCUCGAGCACUACGACGACUACUGCACGCGGGCCCGCCUCUACACCGAGAUCCACGCCCAAUCCACUGCGGGGCCGGGCUGGUCCUCAUCGCCCUCGAGUGACCAACCCCUCAAGGAGAGUAGCCAAAGCCACAGCAGCAGGAGUAGUGGUAGUAAGAGUAGUAGUAGUCAAUGGUCCGCCACUUCCUCGUCCUCUGCCAACGCCAGCGCCAGCGCCAGCGCCGCCACGGACCCGGCCAAUAAGAAGAUGGGCGCCAAGACCUUGGCCAAGAAGGAGAAAUCCAUCAAGGAUAAGAAGCGACAACUCAAACGUCUUUGAAGAGAAACGGCCGGGCGGGCGGAGGGCAUCGCUCGCCCCGUUGUCGCUGAGUGGGCCGGGCCGGGCGGGAGAGAGAGAGAGAGAGAGAGCCAGAAGAGCCUGUACUUAGGUCCAUGCGGCAGACCACCCUUAGUCCCUCGGUCCAUCAUCUAUAUUUUGGAACCUUCGAUCUCAUAUGAGGCUAAAACAGCCACCACGUUCAACAUGUUCAAAGCCGCGUGCGUCCUUUGGAGAUCUCGCCCCCCACCCCGCCCACCCCGCUGACGCCUGCCUUCGGACGAUCAUGGCCCAAACCGACGACCACCCAAUUUUGGAGAUAUGUUUCUGUUAUGACGAUAUCAUUGAUAUAAAAAAAAAACCAUCCGCCUCCCCUUAGUUCCAAUUGUACCCAACACUUCUACUACCACUACGAUUACCUACUUACGCCCGUCUCUUCCGUUCUUUCCAG